GGGAGCAGCCGGGGUGAAGGCGGGUGCGCUGCGGGCUCCUGGCAGGGAUGGACCCUCCCUGAGCAAGAUGAGGGUGUUCUGGAGGGAUGGAGGGUGCGGCAGGAGCUCCGUGGCACUGCAAGGGGCUGAGCAGAUGGGGCUGAUCCCUCCGUGCCCCUGCCGUGACCGAAGGUGUCCCCGCCGCAGGUGCUGCUCCCCGGGACCUUCCAGAGCUGGGGGAACGCGGAGGGGCCAUGGGGGCUGUCGGCAUCCUGGGCUGGCUGCUGCUGCUGCUGCUGCCGGUGCCCCAGGUGGCAGGUGCCCGGCCCUGCAUCCCCAAGGAUUUUGGGCACGGCUCGCUGGUCUGUGUCUGCAAUGCCACCUACUGUGACACGCUGGACCCCCUGGUCGUGCCAGCCCCCGGCUCCUACGUCAAGUACGAGAGCAGCAAGGCCGGCAAACGGCUGGAGCGGAGCGAGGGGAAAUUCCAGAGCAGUCUGAGCACCCGAGGGCUGCUGCUGACGCUCAACAUCUCCACGCUGCACCAGCACGUGAAGGGCUUCGGAGGGUCCCUCUCCGAUGCUGCUGCCAUGAACAUCCUGAAGCUGUCCCAGCCAGCCCAGGACAACCUGCUGCGCUCCUACUUCUCCGAGAGCGGGAUCGAGUACAACCUCAUCCGGGUCCCCAUGGCUUGCAGCGACUUUUCCGUGCGCCCCUACAGCUACGAUGAUGUCCCCAACGACCACGAGCUGAAGCACUUCAGGCUGGCGGACGAGGACGUGAAGAUGAAGAUUCCCCUCCUGCGCCGAGCUUUGGCCAUGAGCAAGCGGCCGUUGCUGCUGUUUGCCAGCCCCUGGACCGCCCCAGCCUGGAUGAAGAGUAACGGGGACGUCCGUGGGAAAGGGACUCUGAAGGGGAAGGCAGGGGACAAGUACCACAGGACCUGGGCCAACUACUUCAUCAAGUUCCUGGAUGAAUAUGCAAAACACAACGUGACCUUCUGGGCGGUGACGGCACAGAACGAGCCGCUGGCGGGGCUCUUGACGCCCCCCCAGGCCCCCACCAUCGCCUUCACGGCCGCACAGCAGCGGGAUUUCAUCGCCCAGGACCUGGGCCCCGCGCUGGCCCGCAGCCCCCACCGCACACGGCUCCUGAUGCUCGACGACCAGCGCAUCCACCUCCCUCACUGGGCCAAAGUGGUCCUGGGAAAUGCCACAGCUGCUCGUUAUGUGGCUGGCCUGGCCGUCCACUGGUACCUGGAUGCCAUUGUCCCACCUGGCUGCAGCCUGGAGGCCACCCACAAGCUCUUCCCUGACCAUUUCCUCCUCUACACGGAGGCCUGCACCGGCUUCUUCACCUUCCGCUUCGCCGUGUCCCUGGGCUGCUGGGAGCGGGGAGACCACUACAGCUACAGCGUCCUGACGGUCAUGAACCACUUUGUGUCUGGUUGGACCGACUGGAACCUGGUCCUGGACCUGGAGGGAGGCCCCAACUGGGUCAAGAACUUUGUGGACAGCCCCGUCAUUGUGGACGGCAGCAAGGAUGUUUUCUACAAGCAGCCCAUGUUCUACCACCUGGGGCACUUCAGCAAGUUCAUCCCCGAGGGCUCCCGGCGGGUGGGGCUGCACAGCAGCGGCCGCUGCCUCCUCUGCCAGCUGGAGCACGUGGCCGUCCUGCGCCCCGACGGUGCCCUUGUCCUGGUGGUCCUCAACAGGUUUGGCCGGGAUGUGCCCUUUGGAAUCCAUGACCCCGCCAUGGGGUUCAUUGAGACUGUGGCUCCAGCUCACUCCAUCCAGACCUACCUGUGGCGCCAGCAGUGAUCGCCAGGGGAGUGCUGGGGGGCUCAGGGGGGCUCUGGGGGUCAACCCUUCCUCCAUCCUUUCCAGCAUCCCUCAAGGGUGGAAGCAGAAGGUGACGCUUUGCUGGGAGCGCAGCCCCUGCACGAGGGGCUCCGUGCGCUCCUGGCACCGGGACCUGCUGCUUCCCAGCCUCCCCUCCCUCCCGGCGCUCCCCAUCCCCCUGGAAGUUCCCUCUGCACCGUCUCCUGGAGCACACUUCCACACGUGGCCCCCUUGAAACCUUCGCGUGUGUCGCGGGCGCCAAGUAAAGCCAUGACGCGCUCCCUGCGGAAUGCGCCCUUCCCGUCAGCGUUUCCUCUACGCGCUCGGAAAUCGCUCGGUUUUCCUCGGCGGGGCCAGGGCUGCCCCGGGGGCUCCGGCCCCCGUGGCCUGCGGGUGGCUCCUUGUUUAUCCCUGCAGCUGGAGCCUCCGCUGCUGCCAGCCCUUGAUUCGUUCCAUAUGUGCUGUUGGUUUUCCCCAGCUUACUUUUUUUGGGGGAAUUAAAAAAGAAAAAAAAAAAAAAAUCCAAAUGUCAGACGCUGUCGGAAAGGCAGAGUAAAUGAUAUCAGUGUCCCCAGCCACCAAAGCUUACGGACGAAUUAGGCUGGUGCCACCUCUCCAGGGUGGCCUCUGGACAGAGUCCCCUCUAUUCUGGCUGUGGCCAA